GGGUAGCGGGUAGAUGGUGGAAGUGUAGCGGGAGAUGAGCGCAGUUUUCCGGGGGACGCAGUGAGGAUUUACUCGGUUUCGGUGGUUUAUUACAGCGGGGAAGAGACGAGGAUCGGUUCGGUGUUUGGGUUAUUUUUACACAUUUUCUCAAAAUGCCGCGAUCUUUUCUGGUGAAAAAGCAUUUUAACUCCGCAAAGAAGCCAAACUACAGUGAACUGGAGAGUCCAACAGUAUUUCUGUCCCCGUAUCUCCUCAAAAGUCUUCCGAUGCCCAUCAUACCUCAGCCGGAAGUCCUGAGCCCUGUGGCCUACAGCACCAUCACCGUGUGGACCACGAGCCACGAGUCCCCGCUGUCCCCGCUGCCCAGCGACCUGUCCCCCGUCUCCGGCGACCUGUCCCCGCUCUCAGAUGCCUCCUCCAAGGGCCGGGCCGGCUCCGAGAGCCCGAGGAGCGCCGACGAGGACGAGCGAGGGUCCGGGAAGCUGAGCUCCGAGGACUCGGAGAAGUUCCAGUGCGGCCUGUGCGCCAAGUCCUACUCCACCUACUCCGGCCUGAUGAAGCACAAGCAGCUGCACUGCGACGCCCAGGCCCGGAAAUCCUUCAGCUGUAAGUACUGUGAGAAGGAGUACGUGAGCCUGGGAGCCCUGAAGAUGCACAUAAGGACUCACACGCUGCCCUGCGUCUGCAAAAUGUGCGGCAAGGCCUUCUCCAGACCCUGGCUGCUCCAGGGACACAUCAGGACACACACAGGGGAGAAGCCGUUCUCCUGUCCGCACUGCAGCCGAGCGUUCGCCGACCGCUCCAACCUCAGAGCUCACCUGCAGACCCACUCAGACGUGAAGAAAUACCAGUGCAAGAACUGCUCCAAAACCUUCUCCAGAAUGUCCCUCUUACACAAGCACGAGGAGUCGGGCUGCUGCGUGGCCCACUGACCAAAAACCAGCACUGAACUUUUUAAACCGUUUUUAUAUCGAACUCCGUGAUGCCUUACCAUUUAUCACACACUCCGCACUCUCUCCUCACACAGGAAAUAAAACCCCAAACCAGCGAGUGUGUGAUGGAAACGCUGUGUGUGGAUCUGUGACUGAGUCUUCUGUUCAUUUCAGUGCAGAAAAAACAACACAAGCCCUCCACUCAUCCCUCCUGUUCCUCAUGUGCUUCAUCAUGUGCUCCAGUUUAACAGUAUUCUCACUGUCUUCAGCAGUGAUGGACUUUUUACCCUUCUCACUGUACUGUAGUAUUGUUUACUGUUGGGUACAAUUUGGGAGGUCAGAUCAGGGCGUGCGCGUGCGUGAGCUCACGUGAGCCGUAAUUUAAAGCCAAUUAUUAUAAGCCUAUUAUCCAUUUUUGGAUGUUUAAGGCUAUCUCAGUAUCUUAGUUUUAUUGCUGUUAUUCUGUUUCACAGCAGGUGAGAUGCGUCCGAGCCAAAGAACUAAAAUAAGAACCAAAAAUAAUCAAUCAAAGCCAUUUUACUACAGAGGGAACAAGUGCAAAACAAAGCGCUUUAUUUCUGCUGAAAUAAAAGUGUUUAAUAAAGUGCUACACGAACAUUAAAACACGAGAGAACAGAAACAGCAGCGUUCAGAUCAGCGAUGCUCCUCCACCCAGUGCCUCUCGGAGCUGUGGAUCUGUAUUCAGCAUCUGUUAAUACAUUUGAAUGUAUGUGUGACUGAAAUGAUUGUAUCUUGAUAAGUAUGCAUUUAAAAGUGGAAUGGGUGAUUAUUUUUGUAUUUGUUUUUUUACACUUUAUGAAUAAAAAAGGAUUUCAGAUAUUUAA